GAAAGUCCUGAGCAUAGAAUUUUACAUGUAAUUUGAGUGCAUCAAUUACAUGCCGAAGAAUCAUCCUUUUGUAUCAGUUCUGAAUUUCGAUAAAGUAAAUGACUAUCAUCUACCUUAGAAUUUGGUUUACUUCAUCUAGAAUCACUUCCGGUUACAGAACAUGACAUUUUAAUCUCUUAUUUCAGCUCUCAAACCACACGUUAACCAUCUGAUUUCAUAGCAAGACCUAUUGGUGUAUACAUCACAUUCAGUUGACUGGCAAUCUCUGAAGAAUAAUGCUGAAGGGUAUAAAAGUCAAACUGUUGUUUACAGGAAGUCUGAUUAUUCUAUCCGCAAAAGUGCUCCUCUACAUUUUGUACGAUUGCUUCCAAACAGUGAAAUCCUACUUGAUUCCUGUUUACAAGGACAUCAGUAAGGACGUUGUCUUAAUAACUGGUGCAGCAAAUGGGAUCGGUCGAGAGAUGUGUCUCCACUUUGCCAAAUACUGUCCAAAUAUAUUAGCACUGGAUAUGGAUGUCCAAUCUCUUAAAGAAACAAUUGAUAUUGUGCAAACAGAAACUGGAGUGCAGAUUCAUCCUUAUAAAUGUGAUUUACGGUCUGUGACCGAAAUCAAUGAUACUGUCAACCAAAUACUCAGAGAUUAUGGUCGUGUUACAAUCUUGGUGAACAACGCUGGAAUUAUUCAUAUUUCGUCAUUGUUGGAUCUCAGUCUCGAAAAUAUUGACGAUUGUUUCAAAGUGAAUUUCUUUUCACACAUUCACCUGAUCAAAGCAUUUCUACCAGGCAUGCUUGGUAGGUCGACAUGCUCAGAUGAUUCCAAUGAAGAUAACUUGGAACCUGCACGUGGGCAUAUUGUAUGUAUAUCAUCUGGUGGCAGCUUGCUACCCAUUUCGUAUAAUACAGUUUACUGUGCAAGCAAGUCAGCUGUUUUACUGCUUUCUGAAUCUUUGGAGUUGGAAUUACAGGAAAUGGGUUUCGCUGAUCGAAUACACAUCACUAGUGUUAUGCCAUAUGUUGUCAGAACAAAACUAGCUCGCCACGUUACAGGCUCGAAUUCUGCUUUGUUUCCAUUGGUGGAACCUGAUAAGUGUGCGAAACGAAUAGUGGAUGCUGUUCGUCUGAACAAAUCAGUUGUUUACAUUCCUGAAGCUAUUCGUAUUCGUGCUAUCCUACAUAUUCUCUCACCAAACUAUGCUGCGGCCUGUAUACGAAACUACAUUAAACGGAAUCUUAUAUUCUCUAGCGGAAAAGCGAAAUAA